AUGGAUCGAACGCGGGAUCUAUCUCGCAAACAUGUUUGUUGUCCAUUGAAUAGUAGUCAGCCAGUUAGUCGAUUUUUCGAUGAAAAGUAAGAUGGUAGGUGGUGAUGGUAUUCGGGGUGAAGGGUGAAAUUGGUUCUACGAACUCUAGCGAGUGAGCGAGGGUUUCUCGUUGGUGUUAAGGGAGAAAUAGAGAAAGAGAUAAAAGGGGAUGGGGUAGGGGAUUGGAGGGAGAGAAAGAAAGAGAGAAAGAGAGGGAUGCUGCGAUCGAUGGCAUCGAGGCGCCUAGCAGCCAGGCCCUGAGCUCAGCCCUCAUCCUCCCAACUCCUCUUUACCAUCCCUCUCUACCACCCCUCUCUACAUUCUGCAGUACGAGUCGACAAAGUACGACGACGUACUCGUUUGUGUGCAGUAUGCACCGGGCACUUGCGCGUCGACUCCCGCGCCCAUCUCCAGCGCCUCAUCGACUCCAACUCGUGAAAUCUUGUGAAAGAGACUCACCGAGAUUCGAUCGUGGAGCGAGGAUAGUGGAGGAUUCGCCACUGGCUUUUUUUCAUUGUCGUUUCUAUUUAUUGUUCAACAUGCUCUGUUCUGCAGUUUUUUAGUCUCUUUUUUUUCUCUCUUUCUCUUUCUCUCUCUCUCUCUCUCUCUCUUUCUUUGUUUGUCUGUCUCUUUUUUUCUUUUUAUUUUUCUCUUUCUCUUGUGAUCGGUGGUGAACAAGUGUGAUUGAAGGUUUUGCUGGCGUAGAUGGUGUUGUUGCCGGUGUUAGCACCGGUGGUGGGUUAGUUAUGAUUAUGGUUACAGUGGCGGUAUCAUCGGUGGUGGGUGGUGCUCCUCUCAACGUGUUAAAACCGGGAAUUGGUGUAUAGUUCGAGCAUACUAUGCUACCGUCGAAUCGGACAACGUUCUUAACAUUGUCACUGUGAUGCUUGACCUACUGGCGGAUGAUUAUGGAGAUAGCCGAUGUCGGAGGUGGACAAGUAAGAACAGGACUGAUCUUUCUCCUCCUUAUAUCGGUGAUCCUGAUCACGAGGACUACCGGUUCGAACGGUGGCACCUGCGGCCUUGCGGAAUUGACUUGUCGAGACGGACAUUGUGUACCGAUUGACGCUUAUUGCAACGGUAAAGACGAUUGUGGAGAUGGUAGCGACGAGCCAGCACUUUGUACUCCAUGCAAUCGUACCUAUCACGGCCAGGAGGGUCGAACUUAUCAUUUGGAGCUUCCUAGACCAGCAGAAACGCGUCUUCCUUUUCUCUGUCACUUGACCUUCACUGCAGCUAGCCGAGGUUACGGGGAACUUGUCCAACUUCUUUGGGAUGCCUUCAGCAUAGGACGUCUCGAACCAAAUGCGGAACAUCUCACGGCUAGUUGUCCUGAGGGAUCAUUGCAAUUAGCCGAAUUGGGUAGACACUUCACCGGUGGAUUUUGGUGUGGCAGCGGCGAAAGCCGUGCGACUUAUUAUAGCGAGACCAGUACGGUCACCGCCUCAAUUCGUCUCUUUCACUCCCCACCAUCGGUACCCUUUGAAUUUCGUUUAAGAUAUCGUUUCGUUUCGAAAAACGAUGCUGUGGCACGACUAGGGAAGCCAGAUUAUCCUAUUGAGAGAGGCUCAGCUGUUCCAGGAACCUAUUGCUCCCGAAACUUUUACGAGUGUCAUUUGAAACAAUGUCGUUUACAAAGCCCAAAUUAUCCAGGAGAAUAUCCAAGAAAUGCGAGCUGUAUGAUCACGCUCCGUCAAAAGGAGGUGCCUACUUGCAAACACGCUAUGAUAUCUGUUAAAAAUAGUCCUACCGGUCCCACUGGACUAACCAGUUCAAAUGCGUCCCUCAGUAUUUGGAACGAUUGCACAGGUGAAAAAGAUCGGCUCAUCUUUCACGACGGUUUACGUACCGAAGAUCCUAUUCUUUUGAUAUAUUGUGGUGGUCCUCUACCAAGAGUUAUUGCCAGAGGACCAAAUAUGCUUGUAGAGUUCAGAAGCUCACCGAUAGCUAUUCCAUUAGGAGCGUCAGCUCUGAGGCUCGAGUUGGAAGUUCAAGUUAUUUAUGUGGAUUCAGAUGGUCUGGAUUACGCUAGGAAUUCGGAAGGAUGUCAUUUCUUUGUCAAUGGUACAGCUAAAAGGAGUGGCACGUUAAGAGCUCCGUUUCAUGCACUGCCACCAACUUCCAGCUGCACGUGGAAUAUUAAAGGAUCAGCUGGUGACCGCGUAUGGAUAUAUUUUUCGUCCUAUUCUCAAAGAGAUUUAACAACGAGCACGGAAAAUAAUGCCAGUACUCAAUCGGAUUCGAUUUGCGGAGUUAAAUUAUUAUUUUGGGAUGGUUCUCCAUUAACUGGACUUCCUAUGGUUACACUUUGCGAUAGUACACCUAAACUUUGUGCUCAUGCGGCACUUAGAAACGCUACGAGAAGUACAAGACCUUGUACGGCGGAUGAAAGUUACCUCACAAUUGCACCUAGUUUAACAUUGCGAAUGGAAACUGUACUAGGAACUGCUCUUCAUAAUGUCAACUUUCAGGCACAGUACGAAUUUAUUUCAACGGUACAAGUUGGUGAACCAUGGGGUGAUGGUGUUUGUAGCAGAGUUUGGCGUAAAGUUCGAAGUGGUGAUGUGACGUCACCCCGGGACGUACGACUUUUCGGUAGAGGUGGCUCCUCCAAAUUAGAUUGCAAAUAUAGAAUAGAAGCAGGAGUAGGCGAGAGAGUUAGAUUAACGUUGCACAACGUAAGCCUCGGUGAAGCGACCUCGUGCAUCAGUGAACCGGACCCGCAUACUGGAAGGCCACGUUGCGUACACGAGAUCGGUUCAAGAGAGGCUCGACUGGUUCUUUAUGAGGCACCGUGGCGUGACGUCAAACUACCUCGAGCUUGUCUUUGCGAUAACACGUCUAAUCUCCCGUUGACCCAUAUCUCUGCUGGAAGAGCACUUGAAAUCACGUUCCUGGUAGAUCAGCAAGCACCUCACGAAGACUUCGAGACUCUAUUCUUUUUUGCGAGUUUCGAGUUGGUGCGUUCACCGGAGUGCCCAAGAAAACAGAGAGUUCGUGGGGAAGGUGGCGAGUUCAGAUUUGUUGCUCCACCUUUAUCAAGACCAGACAUCUAUUGCGAAGGUCUUCCGUGGUUAGUCGAGGCUAGAGAAAAUAGAUCGCUGUUUGUAUUAACGUGGGGUUGGUUCAUGCCGUUAGAGCCUGCACCGGUAUCCGAGUCGAGUGAUGCUAUUAAAUGUCCAACGACUAAUAGGAUCUUAUUAUAUUCUGGGUGGCCACCGAGAUUGCUAAAAGUUGUUUGUCCAGCUGAACCAGGUGCAAGAGAGUUUGCCGUUCAUGUGUUUUCUGAAGAAUGGUUAGGUGGAGGGGAAGGGAAAUGGCCUGGACCACCAAGACCACCAGCUCUUUUAUUGGAUUUUGUUGCUAGGGAAUCCGGCCAAGCUGCAGCAUCUUGGUUAGAAAUUUCUAAGAGCAGAGCUGCUUUACGCAGACAGUUACGUCUUCCAGAAAGAGGACCGGAGAACGAGACCGUAUCUCAGGGAGAUUGUCCGCACAAAUGUCCCGAACUUGGUGCUUGUAUCGCUGCCACUCUUUGGUGCGACGGCAGGCCAAACUGCCCGUCCGGUCACGACGAGGCCAAUUGCGGAAGCGGCGCUAGGUUAUUAGGGUUAUUGCCGCCGGCUUUAUGGCUCGUUGUUGCUGGUGUUACCGGAAUUGUCACUGCCUUUGCGUGCCUCUUCGUCAUAUUAAUCAGCAGGUCCAGAUUACGCGCGAAACGACUUCGUUAUAAAGGAACAAUGAAGAAUAGCAAACCGAGACGGGCGCCGACGGAAGAGACACUUUUGGGUGCAGCAUCCUGACAUCAACAACCCGGCUUCGUGGAAUAUAUUCACGUUGACCGGGAAACUACAGUUUAGUAGAGAUACACACAUACAUACGUUCUGUGCUUCACCGUCCAUUAACCAAAUUCGAUACUCUCUCCCUUAGGUAUUCACGAAGCGAAUUGGUUCAUUAUCAUCUAGCCCCUUCUAAAUUUCACUUCCCUAUUCUGUCUAUCUGUCUAUCUGUCUAUCCGUCUAUCCGUCUAUCUCUGUUUCUCUUAUAAUCAAACAC